GUCAGAGUCGCUUCCACUAUUCACCGUUUCGCCUCUACGAUCUCAUGAUUUAUUGAAAAUUUCAGUUUUCUUGCGAGUGAAGGUGCUACAGAUACCUUCCUGCUUGGCACUUGCCGAGUCGGGACCUGGACCUUCUCAGUUGCAAGCAAGAACCUGGACCUUGCUGAUCACAAACUAAGGUGGUUGCACUUUGGACUUCCAUCUUUCAAUUCUUUACGCCACAGGACGAAGCAAGCAGAGAACAUCGACUGCAUCAAAACGCCAAGCAUCAAGCAUUGCAACUAUCCGCAAGACCAGAUUCGAACGUCGCCGUUCCGCCAUCGAGGAAUCUUCAGAUGCUUUGAACACAUCUCAGCGGGACUGCAGUUAUGGCCUCACUGGCCAGCACUCCAAACUCGACUGCCCCAACAUCAGCGGUCAGCUCGCCGGAAAUCAAAAUCACCGAUGAUCAUGGCAGGGGAACCGCAGUGCAUCUACCCGACCCGAUGACAGAAGACACACUGAGCACGCCGCGAUCCCGAUCCAUCACCAUCGAGCUUCCCGGACAGGAGAGGAAAGAGCAUCUGGGCGUCAGACCUUUACCAGUGAGAGCUGCAAGCUCGGAAGCGACACUGACACCUGUUGCAACGGUGAAGCCCGCACCAGCUACACUUCAACCUGAGCUCCCUGCCACCAAUGGGAAGCCAAAGACCAAACAGUUGACUCGAACGGGCUCCAGUCAUGGCUCUCUACGGAUGUCUCUUAAAACUAUGGCGAGUGCUGGUCUCUUGGCACCCAAGAAGAAGACUGCUGCCGAAAGUGGCAAGUCAUCAGUCGCGGAUAGUGGCACAGCGAGUCCAAACCGCGUUGACACGCCCGAAGUCAAGACCAUAUUCGCCAAAAAGACCUGUCCGGAUCUCGAUGCCGUCAGCCGUGCUUUGGAGUCGUUGAAAGCUCAAGCCCGGGAACCAGAAGAUCCUCUAGUCGUAAAUCUCAGAUCCCUGGAGAAGAAGAUCCAAGGCGCUCGCGAAGAUUGCGCGAAGCUCUUAACUCGAGCCAUGCAAGCGCGAGACCAGGGAAGAUACGAAAUGUGUCGAGCACUUUGCAUUCAGAUCGUACACAACCAGCAUUCGAAAGUGGAAACGAAAGUAUACGCGUACAAUAUCCUUUCCACGCAGGCUUCACCUGGACAAGUCAUGAAUUUUCUCAAUGACGCUGCGAAGUUGGUAAAGCAGUGUGAGGAGGGCGAGGAGAAAGAUAAAUUGACUUCGGUGGUCGCUAUGCUUCAGGAACGCGGGUUGGCGAAGGAGAAUGAGCGAGAAGCUGCGAAGCAGGAGUCGAAUGGUAAGGUCAAUGGGUUCUCUGAGGAUAGAAAGACUCCGCCGGCGAAGAGGACCAGUGCUGGAAGCUCGCCGUCGCCGAAGCGGGGUAAUGGAACGAUGACGCCCAAGUCGGAGAAGAUCCUGAGCUGGGCUUCGCCGGGAAGGGCGAAAGCUGCGUCCUAGGAGGCUUCGCUGGGGAUGUGAUCGUAUGCGAUUAAGCGGUAUUGAGUAAUUUGGUCAGCACUUCUUGCUGGACCGCGACAGCGGGCGCUGCAUGUGGAAUAGGAACUCUCACUUUAGCAAGGCGUUUGGCGUUACUGGUAUGAUCAUAGGCGGUUCAAUGGAGUAUGCAAGCUGCUCUUGAGCAUUAAUCAAGUACCACUUUCAGCGUGGCGCUCAAUUUCUCCUCUUUC